AUGUUAAACUUUCCUUCCAAUACUAUUAAUACUCAGUUUUCUUCACCUACUUCAUAUUCUUCUUCCAAUACUAUUAUUAAUUCUUCUACUAAAAGGCCUACAACAAAUAAUUUCUCUUCCAACACCAAUUCUUCCUUUGCUCCCAAGAAUUCUCGUAGAAAAUCUUCUAUUUCUUAUAAAAAACAACAAACAAUUUUGGAAUCUCCAACAAAUGGAACUACCGCCGCCACCGCCACCACCGCUAAUUCUAAUUCUAAUACUAGUUCUUGUCGUUAUGAUAGCUCAUUGGGAUUGCUUACAAAAAAAUUUGUAAGCCUUCUUAAAGAAGCCAAAGACGGAGAUUUGGAUUUGAAUAAUGCAGCGAAUGAAUUAAAGGUACAAAAGAGAAGAAUUUACGACAUCACAAAUGUAUUGGAAGGAAUUGGUUUAAUAGAGAAAAAUUCAAAAAAUCAUGUUCGUUGGAAAUUGGCAGAACUUCGAAUGGCUAAUGCAAAUCUUGAAUCUGUACGAAAAGAACUUUUAAAGGCUGAAAAGGAAGUGGAUGUAAAUAUUUAUGAAUCAGAGGAAUUUUCGAGAUUAGCAUUUGUUUAUGAAUCAGAAAUCAAAAACAUUCUUUCAAAUCACGGAGAUAUUUUAAUUGUUGUUAGAGCUAUAUCUGGGAAUGCUGGUCAAUUCCCUGAAUUAACAGCAACCAAUUUAUCUACAACGCCGACAUCUUCUGCAUUCUCGUCAUCAUCAUCAAAUUCACCAUUUUUCAGAUCUUUUCCUCAUCAGUUAAGCCCGCCGAUUAACAUUCACGAAGAGAUGUCACCUUUCCGAUUUAAUAUUUCAAUUCCACCUCCUUUUCCUCAUCCAUCUGCUACUCCAACACCGCCCGAAGAAGAAAAUUAUGAAUUGCGUGAUACGAAUGCUGAUAGUUAUCGUCAUCAUUAUAACCGUCAUCAUCGUAACAGUUUUAAUGGUGAAGGUGGUGGAAGUGGGGGGAAUCGUGAUUUGAUUCCUAAUAAUAUGUUUGGACGUGAUUUAAAUCAGAAGACGAUGAGGGAGGGUGGUGGUUAUCGACCAUAA